AUGGCAGGCGAGGGUGGAGAGGCAGCCGCCUCGUGUGCGUGCGAGCGGCCGCCGCCUGGCCUCCUCAACUUGGGAAAGACUUGCAGCUUCAACGUUCUUCUUCAAGCUCUAGCAGCGACUCGGACCUUCUCGACUGUCUACGGGGCUGUGUGGCACGAACAUCAGCGCAGUAGAAGUCCGUCUUCGGAUCUUCUCGAGCUCGUGCGCCGGCAGCGGGCGCUACUUCGUCGCCCCGCAGAGGCGGAAACGCGAGAAAGGGGACGAACGGCCACGAGCCGGUCGGACGGUCUCAGAAGUUCGGUUAGCGCGGAUGCUUCUGCCCGGGGAAGACCGCGGAGAUGGAGAAGGGAGGCUUGGUGUGGAGACGCUGCAGCGGUGGGAAGAGCAGCCGCGCCGAUUAUCACCGCUUCGAGAACGCCCCUCAAUUAUUGUAUGGCAGACAUUCUCGGAAGAAUGCAUGCCGGCGAAGACAGCGGGGCGUCGCCUGGCGCAGCUGGGGGCGGUGCAUCGCUUCUCGACAACGCUUCGCCUGCGACGGCUUCUCAGUCUCCCCUCGCGUGCACGCAACCGGCAAGCGUCGACGACAAAGAGGACGGAGGGGCGCCGCAGGACGACCCUGAAAAGGGUCAGAAGGAGAUGAUGCGGCGCCAGCUGCGUCUGAAGCGGCAGCUCCAAACCAAGCGGUGGUGGAUCAAGCAGGAACAGAAUGUCCUUUCGCCCUUUGACUUUGUCUCGCAAAUGCGCAUGCUCAACGUUGAUUUUGAACAGGACGUCGAGCUCGAUGUCGAAGAGGUCUGGCGAUUCCUGAUUCAACAGAUUUUCACGGAACUCCAGAGCGAGCAGGCCUCGCUCGCCUCCCCGGACGAUGUCUCCGUGAGCUCUGUGCGCGGCCUCUCCGCGCCAACGUCCACACGGCGGGAGGAAGAUGUGGGGUCAGUGAAGGGAGAGGGGACUCCUGUCUCCGCGAGCGUCUGUGUCCCUGCCCGUGACCGUCCAGGAUUCUUCGGGGGGGAUUCUUUCCCCAACGGGAUUCUUCGCCCUGUUUCGGGCUUCGCCGAGACAGGCCGCGAAGCAGGCCGUGGGUGUCUAGCGAAUGAACCAGACGGGAGGCCCUCGAGGAGCGACUGCUCCUCGGACCUCACCAAGACGCACCAGGCCUCGGGAACUGUCGCCUCGUCGGCCCAGGUCCCAAGACCGAUUUCAAGUCCCCAACGCGCCCUCGGGCCUCUUCGGAGUUCCGCGCUCUCUCACAGCAUGCGAGGGGGGGGAGCGAGCGAUCCACGGCCGCGACAUGCAGCCGGCGCCGUCGCAGUUCCCGGAGGCGCCUUCUCUGCGUCUUGCACGAGGCUCCGGACGCACUGCGUCCGCGGUCUGUCGCCGCGGAGUGUGCCGAGAGAGAGCGAGGUGGGACGCGAGGAGAGUGAGCGGGAGCGCGCAGAGAGGAGGGCGCGGGAAAAGUUUCUCUCGGCCUCGUACCACUUUUUGGCAGCCGAGGCAGUGACGCCUCGUGGAAAAGGCGCCGGGGCGGAGGAAAAUGCAGGUCCGUGGUCUCCACUGCGAAGAUCGGAGACCACAGAACCGAGUGCCGAGCGGUCGUGCUCGGCCUCCAGACUCGCGAGUGCGCUCCCGUUGCUCGAGGGCAAGUCUCCGGGGCCUUCCCCGAGACGAGACGGGGACGCGGCCGCGCGGUGCUGCGACGCAGGCCAGGCGUCUCGCGUCGCCCAGCAAAGCCCCGGAAGGUCGCGUGCUGUCCCGGGCCACCUCAAAGCGCGUUUGCGUCUCCCGAGUCCUCCAGGGGCGAAGCUGGAAGCGCCGGUUUCCUGGUCGGACUGCAAACCCGCGGAAAUCCGGACUUUCGUGUCCUCGCCAGUGUCCGGGAUCCAGCGCGCGGGCCUCUGUGGUUCGCGUGGCCGCGGCGAGGAGAGUGUGUCUGGUGCCCCGUCGGGCAACGCCGACGCGAAGCAGGAACCGAACGUGAAGGGCGCGAGGGACGCAGGGAGUUUGGCUGCUGUGGCACAGCAGCAAGGCGCAACUCUCUUGCUGCGGCAGCUGCAGCAGGCCCUCGUCGGACGGCUUGUCCAGGUUCCGGUCCCCUGCAGUUGUUGCUGUCGGUGUGAGGCGGGAGCGCCCGCCUCUGUUCGGCCAAGGCUCCAGACGCAGUCGCCUGGCGCGUGCCGUUCGCGCAGUGCGUCCGCGCCGCCCACGGAUCGGAGCGGGAGAGUGGGGAGUCCAGAAACGGUGCCUGGAGGGACUGUGCUGUCAAGCAACAGAGAGCGAAAACACGGGAGCAACGAUGCGUCACCUGGACCGGCCGCGUCGUCGGGGUCGCCGGCGAGAGACGACCGCAGCGAAGCGCGUAGUCUGUCUCCUCGUCGUGGCCUUCUCCCUGUUGAAUCUCGACGAAACGGGGUGGACAGGCGAGGCAACGUCUGCGCUAGUCCUGCGGCCUCUCCAUCUCAGUCCUGUGUGCAUGCGGCUUCCGGUCGCUCGUCGCCCUUGUCUGUUCCUGUCUCUUCUCACACUGAGGCAAAGUCGGCGUCCCUCUCUCGAAGGUCGCAAAAAGAGAACCUGGCGCCGUCAGCAUUGGCGGCGCAAGACUCUCCCAGAGCGUCUCGAGCGUCGUCUCCAGAGGGUGUGAACAGCGCCAGGAGCGGACGCUCGAAAGGAAGCGGUGAGGCAAAGUCUUCUUCCGCAGUCUCCGCCUUUCUGACGCCUUCGCUCUUUCCGUCGAGCCUGGCCACACACCCUGUGUGCACCCCCCUCGCGCCCGCGGUGGCGACGAGCGGCGUGCAGGCGGUCGGUCUUGAGCAGGACGAUGGGACGAGCGGAAUCGAGGGAUUGUCUUCGCGAGGAGACGCCAUGCUCUCACUGCUGUCAGUGGAGAGUUUUUGCGGCGUCCUCCCCGUGCGCCUCCCAGAGCGAAGUCGCUGGGUGUCGAGUCGCGCACGGACAAACACAGUCGGUCUGUCCGGGUCUUCGCUGUCUUCGACUGGGCUCGACGCGUCGUCUCCGCUCCUUGCCCGCGCCGACUCGACUCCCCAGUCCGCAGAUUCUGCCGAGACUAUGGGAGGUUCGCGGCGGAUCUCGCCCCUGCAGCCGAUCACGCUGGAAGAGUGCUUGGCUCUCGCCUUCCAGCAGUCCUGUGGCGGGGCGUCGCCCUCAGGCGGAGCAGCCGCUGCGGCCGAGGCCGGAGAGAGGAAGAGAGGACGGGAGGCGGCCAGGCGGGCGCGGCCAGCGGGGGCGUUCGGAGGCAGACGCAGGCUGUCGAGAACCCAGCGACGCGUCAAGGCGGGAGACGCGGAGAAGAAAACGUGGAGAGGCACCGGACCUGCAAACCCUGGAUCUGAAGGAGGCAAACACAAGUGCUUGGCGUGCGGGAAGUGGCGAGUGCGAAGGCGCGGGUGCGCACCGGAAGCGGCCCCGAGCGCUGGAGAAGGGGAGAACGCGACACACGCAGCUGGGAGUCGACAGGGAAGAGUCUCAGGAGCUGUGGAGGUGGAAGGAGCAGAAAGGCGAACGCUCUCGCGUUCGGGGACGAGAACCUCCACGCGGGACACCACGCCGGCGCACUCAGAAGAGACGGCGAAGAACGGGGACCGCGAGGCGGCUCCGGGGAAGGAGAGCCAGGUCUGGAGAGACUCGCGCGAUGCCUUUUCCUGUUAUCAACGGCUCGUGUGUCAUCGGUGCAAUCAAGUUCACAUGCGCACGUUUCUCGAGCGUCUCCCAGAGAUCCUGCUCUUCCAACUCCCGCGCAGCAGCAUCACCCCUCCAGGCACCUUCGGCAGCGGCGCUGUGAAGGCGGCUGCCGCAGCCGCGGGCGGUGGCUUCAAGAUCAAGGCGCAUGUCGAGUUUCCGCAGCGUUUGGAGAGCGUUAUUGCCCCACACUGCGUGGCGUCUCCCGCGUUCGAGGCGGCGUGGGGGCGACUCAUGGACGCGACUGGGCGACCCGGAGGUUCUGACUCUUCGGGUUCACUCGAGUCCGAUGGCGGCACAGAUGUGUCAGGGCGCCGCAAACGGCGGAAACUUUCGAGUCAGCGGGCGCAGAACCGCGCGGGAAGCAAAACUGCAGGAACGAGAGGAGAGGGAAAGGCUGUGCACAGGCGUGUCGCGAACUCCGUCUCUCGCGACGAAAGGCCAGGGACCGGAGCUGCGACUCUCUCGACUCUCGCGGGGACAGCUGCGGCCCCAGACAGCAUCCGGCACACGCUACAACACGAGGCAGGUGUCUAUACACUUCGUGCGGUGAUCGAGCACCAAGGACGCAGCGGGGUCGGCGGUCACUACGUGUGCUACCGUCGCGGGGCGCCGUGCGACCUCGUAGUGGAGACUCGAGAGAACGGUGAACACCUGGAAGGCAGCCCCGCUUCGCUCACUUCGCUGUCCCAGGCUGGCGCAGUUUCGUUUUCUGCGGCGCCGCAGGGAGAGGCGCGGCGAGGCGUGUGGGAUGACAGCGCGGCGGUCUUGGAAAACAGCCCCCGCGAAGAGACGCCAGAAGAAGGGACGUGGUGGGAGGUGAACGACGCGGAAGUCACACAGACCACGUGGGACCAUGUGCGGCUCAGCCAGGCGUACAUUUUGGUGUAUGAACGGUGUGAUGAGAACGUGUGCUGUUCGCGAUUCGGCGGAGACAGGCGUGUUGCUUGCCGCGCGCAGGUUGUCAGUUCUCCGGCCUUUCCCCGGACCGGUGCCGAGACCGACGGACCAACUCCCGCCGCGAGAGGCCGCUCCGGUCCUCGGUGCGGGGCCCUGUCGGGGGCGGAGAAGAACGUUCCCCUGGUGUCUGUACAGUCAAGAACUCGAAGGCUGCUGCGAGCGGGGGAGCCGUGUCGGACGUCGGGCUCUUGCAGAAGGGCGGAGGGGCGGAACGAGGCGUGCCGUCCGGAGACCAGAGAACCCGGAGAAACUGGUGUGGCCAGUGAACGCCCGCAGGCGCCACGCCAGAAAAAGAAGACGUCGACGAGGGACACCGCCGGAGAAGGUGGGCACGAGAAAUCGGCACGGGGCGUGUGUGCGGGGCGGAGGCCGCGGUCUCGCCGAGGGCGAUCGAGCGAGAGCCACAGCUCUGUCGCGCGUGGUCCGAGAAGAGCAGGAGAGCACGGGGAAGACGCAGGAGAGUGCCGAGGACGGUGCAUUGUCUCCGGAGAAGGCGAGCGUCCGGUGCCUUUGGAGCCGCCAGCGAACGCAACUGAGCGCCGAAGAGGACGCAGGAGGGACGAUGGGGCGUUCUUGUGGACAGGGGAGAGUGGGAAAAACGUGGGGUCUGGGAACCGGCAAGGGCGACGCGCCACGCGGCAGCGGUCCGUUGCCUCGGCGACAAUUGCGGCUGACGCCUAG